CCUAAAAUGCAUUGUGUUUUGACUGUUUUCCAAGGCUGUUUUUACCAUUCUUCGCCAAUGAAAUGUUGAAUGUUGGGUUGUCUAAUUGUUAAAAAGAAAUUAAGUAUUUUCUGGGUGGAAGUAACCUAAUUUUUACUUGGUAAAGAAACAAACAUUGAAAAACUAGUGAAACAUGAAUCAAGCAAGUGGUUCUGGCAGUCAGGGAUCUACCAACGAAGAGCGUUUGAUUGAACUGGCCAAAAGUAAGCCCGAAGGAAUCUCAAAUGAAAAUAUAAAACAACAGAUACCCGACUUGCCACUUGAAGAACUCGCCGUUAUCAUUAAUAAAUGUUUGAAAAAUGGGUCAUUGGAAUUGUUUAAAACCAAGGAUAAGCUGUUAUAUAAAUACAAAGAUUCAUCCAAGAAAACUACAGUGAGAGGUGCCGACAAUGAAGAAAAAAUAGUGUAUAAAAUCAUUGAAGAAGCCGGAAAUAAAGGAAUUUGGAUAAGAGACAUUAGGUUUAAAUCAAAUUUGAAUAUGACACAGCUGAACAAAGUUUUGAAGAGUUUGGAAACAAAAAAACUGAUCAAGGCGGUUAAAUCUGUUUCGGCGAGCAAAAAAAAGGUGUACAUGUUGUAUGACUUGGAGGCAGAUAGCUCAGUAACGGGCGGAGCUUGGUAUCAAGAUCAAGAUUUCGAAUCCGAAUUUGUGGACGUUUUGAAUCAACAAUGUUACAGAUUUUUAAAACAAAAGUCUGAUGAAGCAAAUAGUAUGGGGGGAGGUCCGCUGUUGGCGCGGAAUCGAAGUUACGCCACUGCGAGUGACGUACACAAGUUUAUAUCGGAAUUAGGAAUUAGUAAAAUAUCGUUGUCGGUGGAUGACAUUGAAAGUAUAUUGUACACAGUUGUGUUGGAUAAUAACGCGGAAAGAAUUGUCGCUACGAAUGGUUCUUUUCUUUAUAGAGCAGUUAGUCACUUCGUACCUACUCCAGGAAUUGUAAAAACGACGUGUGGUAUAUGUCCGAUAGUGAACAGAUGUGCCGAUACGGGUCUUAUUAAUCCUAAAGUUUGUAAUUAUUUCACUGAAUGGCUUCAAUAAAUGUUGAACAUUUUGGAAA